AUGGCCAAGCUAGCCAGCGCGCUGCAGACUGUCACGGGCUCCAUAGGGUCGCUGCAGCUGGCAGACGGUGACGCCAUCGCGAAGCAUUUGGAAGGUGCGCCAAGUGCGCUGAAGGAGACGCCGAUCACACCAGUCAGAUCGCGCGCGGCCAGACUAGCCGAAGCCGCCAGCGAGCUCGAGGACACCAACAAGAAGUACAGGUGGGCCUUCGAGCAGAAGGACACCGCGGAGAAGAAGGCGGAGAAAAAAAAACAGAAGAGCAUCUUCGAGCAGCUGCUGGAUACGGACACGGACUUGCUGUCGCCCAGUGAAGCGCAGACCGCAGAGGUCGAGCAGGGGUUCGCUUGCGACGAAGACAUGGGCGCGGAGGGCCGCAAGGUGGUCGAGGAGGCCAAGAAGCAGGUGCUCGCCCAGCUGCAGCUGAACGCAAGGACGUUCGCAUGCCAGCUCAAAGAGCACAUCGUCGCGGCAAAGAAGCAGGCGGAAGCAGAGCGCGCGCAGAUCAGCCAGGCGCACAAGAAAAGGAAAGCAGAGGAUGCGGCGCAGGAUGGCACCACGACGGGCUCGACGAUCUCCUCCCAGAGGGUGACGCCUGCACAGGGCGACGAGGUCGAGCCCCAGAGUCAGGGCGAGGCAAAGCACGCGCUACAGGAGGCGGGCAUCUCAGCAGCGUCCACGGCGGCAAGGGCGGGCGAGCGCGGCGAGAGCGGCACCUGCGGGGCGGUCUACAGGCACAGCACGAUGGACUUCGCAGAGGCGGACACCUUCGACGACGAAGACAUGGACUACCUGCAUGACCACAAGCAGGCGAGCGACGCAGCCCGCUUCCACCGCGGCCCACAGCUACAAUGGCCCACCCAGCUGAACGAAUCUAUGUUGCCGGCAGGCGCCGGAGAGUUCCACGACGGCCUCGGGGUCGACAAGACGGUGCCAACAGCCCAGCACAUGCAGUUCAUUGCGCGGCAGUUGUACUUGAUACUGUUGCAACUUCUCUUCCUAGCUUUAGAAGAGCAAGGACUCAAGCUGGCGGACAAAACCACCCUCAUGUCGACCCACUACAUCGACACCAAGCAGAUCCACAAGCAACUGCAGCUCCGAGGAAUGUCCUUCAAACUGAAGAUGUUCAGAACCAAGACGAAGGUCCCCCAGCAAGGCGUCAUGACCUCGCUCAAGGACUGCACGGCAUUCCACGACGCAGCGGCGCGCGGGCUCUACGGAGCCCAUGGCCUGGAAGAUGCUUUUGGCACGUACCUGGACUUGGAAGGCGCCGACCCAGCCUACACCGUAGCCAAAGCACACUUCGCCUAUUGGCUGUGGCAAGCGGCCGCAGAGCACUGCAGUGGGAAAGGCCUGGAGCACGGAGCGGACGCGACGGACAUGAGAAAAGACACCUACAAUGGCUCCGCAAACAAGGCGAAGAGCCAGCAGCCGCUGCUGGGCUGCACAGGGACCGCGGGCCCGAGCGAGCGCGCGGGCGCGAGGGCAGCCGCGCGCAGUGCGCGCGGCUGCAGUGCGCGCGGCUGCUCGGCCUCCCGCCUCGGCGCGAUGAGCGGCUUCGAGCGCUCGGCGCCCAUCCCCGGCUCGCAGGGGCCGCGGCGGUCGCAGAUGCACAGGUUCAACAACGCGCCCCCGCCCAACACGCCCUGGAGGGAGGAGGUCCUGAGAGCCAAGGCGGAAGCGCAGAAGAUAAUCGAGAGGGAGGAGGGCAAGAGGCCAGCCGCGGACCGCUCUCGGAGCCGAGAGCGCGGCGAGCGCGAGAGGCGGAAGGCCGACAAGCCUACCGCCGCGGCCUCCAGCAGGGCGCCAGACGCGCCGCUGGUCAUGCGGCAGGCACGCGAGCGCGGCGAGGGCUGGUUUGCCGCCGUCGCGCGCGCGUCGGAGAAGUGGGACACGGCCGGCCGCGCCAGCGGCAAGGGCGGGCCCAAGGCCCAGGAGACCGCACCCUCCAGGGAGCCCGCCGCCCCCAAGAAGGAGAAGCCUCCCAAGGCGAAGGAGCCCGCGGCGGAGAAGCAGCGGCGAGAGGAGGGCGAGCCGCGGAAAGACGAGAGGCAGGACCGCGACAGCCAGAGACUAGACGAGGCGCGCAGGGAGCGCGAGCGCGCCGAGCGGCUGGCCCGGGCGGAGUUCGAGAGGAAGGCGGAGGAGCGGAGCCGCAAGGCGGACGAGGAGAAGCGGAGGGCCGAGGAGGAGAGAUCGCGCAAGGAACAGCUAGAGAAGGAUCGAAAGACCAAGCUCAAGGGCGCCUUCGCGAUGAACGAUGACGAUGAGGACGAGGACGACCGGCACGCGGCCCUCGCCAGAAAGGCGGCCGAGAAGAAGAAGGCUGCACUGGCCGAGGUCGCCGUGGCCGCGGCCGGCAAGUCCGGCGGCCCCGACCUGAGCGCCAAGCUCCGGUUCGAGCCCGGGCUGAGCCCCGCGGAGGCGUUCAUGCGCCUGCAGGAGCGGAAGCGGAAGGGCAGGCGCGCAGAGUUCGGCGGCCCGCCCCGGGGGUGCUCGCCGUGGCGCGACGGCAAGCGAGGCAUCUCAUUCGAGGAGGGCGAGAACGACGCUUGA